GAGUUCAUAACCCACAACAUGUCAGACACCUUCUGGAGGCGGCAAAGGCUUACGUGGACCACAUGACUGAUCUGACUAAGAAAACCUUGUGUCGGAUCCACGCACGCCUGGAAGGGGUUUACUUGCUUGACAGAGAUAUUCCACAUACAAUCAGAGCCAAGGAAUUUUACUCAGAGGAUGAACUCUGUGCCCUCCUUGAAGUGAGACCAAUGCUGGUGGUGUUCAAAGACAACAAACAGAAGUUGGGUUUGCGCCACGUCAUGCAUCCAGUUACAAGUUACCUCACUGACACUCUCAGGACCCUGCUGACAGAGUGCAAGCACCUAGGAGGGUACAGAAAUAGCUGGACUUCAUUUCAGUUAGAGCUGGCUCUGGAAGAAAUAUUUUUUGGAAAGACUAUGUCCUACAGCUCCAAGCAAUUCUCUGUGAGUUUGGGCACAAACUCAACCCACGUUGACAGCCUGACGAAGCAAAGGGGAUUCAUUGGCCUGGCUCCAGUGGGCAGUGCAAGUGUGGGGGACUCACCACCACCAAUAACCACAUGGAUUCACGACCCUGUGCAGCAGCUUAGGAUUGAAAGGAUCUUUCCCUUCACAGAAAGCCUACAGGCUGGGCCAUCGGUUGUCGGUGAUUCUCUUGUGCUCGUGCUGCUUGGGGACAUGUAUGAGAAGAAUGAAGAACUGCCCCUCCAAACCUUGAAAACAACACUUCCCGCUGGUGGAAAGCUUCUCUGUGCCAGAAGUGUUGCUGACUUCAGUAAGGAGCUGGCCGAGAAAAAGGCAUUCCGCUAUCCACACACGUUUGGCAGAGCCAUUGAGAUGGCACAGUCUGAGGGACACGAUGUACAGCACUGCUUGCAGCUGGCACUUUCGAGCUUCAGCUACUUCCCACAUCUUGUCUACUGGGAUGAAAAGAGAAACACAGUAGCUAAAUGGAACAAGAAAAACUUCAUCCAACUGCUUAAACCGACAGACAUGCCUUCCAUAGAGACCCAGGCACUAGCAAUGACAGGAGAUGUUGCCGCAAACCUACAGAAGCUGGACCUGACCUAUGCAAGAAACCUGAUAAAGUACAAGACGGACGGGAUGCCUUGGAUGGAAAUGUGCCUCAGAAAGCUACCUAGGAACUUAACCAAACAACAAAAAACAACAACACUCACAUUCAUAAGUGCCAUAGCUCUCAUCCACAACAACGACUACGUCUCGUUCAGUGAAAUAGGCAAACUCAUCCCUACCUUGCCGGUCACACAACUCCAGCUUCAGCAGUUACAAAUACUGUCGCCUCUGAUCCUCAUCCACUCACCAGUCAUCCACAGACUGCAUGACUCUGUUCCAUAUAAAGUGCAACAACGACCAGCACUGCAAAAAAGACCUGCUCCUCCUCCUGGUACUCAGCAGCACUCUAAACCCGUGAUCACAGAACCUGAAGAACAAGAAGAACAGCAGGUCAUUGACAGAGUGCAGACAAACACCAUGCCAGCAAACACAAAAGGCAGAUGGUCAGAGGAUGAAGUUGAUUGGAUCAUGGCUGGCAUCAAACUGACUGCAAGGAAUGCCUAUAAAGAGUACCUGAAAAAAUGCAAAGAGUUUGUGAGACCCGCAAGAACAUUUGCUGCUUUCAGAAGAAAGAGAGAGAGGAUGAUUGAGGCAUUUGGACCAGCAGACUAAUUCACGUGGAAGACAAUUUAAAUGUGUUUCGUUGAACGAAAAAGGCCAACCAACACCCUUACUAAACCCAACAUUUUGGAGGAAUAUCCCUAUUUCUUGAUUUUUUAUUAUGUUUUCCUUAAAUUUAUUGGGUGACAUCUUAUUUUUUGGUUCAUUUGAACUGGCUUUAAACUAAUCAUGACUCAUUCAACUGACUACUUUUGUGUUUUUUCUAAAAAUGUUCA